ACAAUAAAAUAAAUAUAUAUUCAUUCCAAUUCAUCAACUUUUUGGAAUAAAAAUGGCUGAAAACUGCACCAAAAACCCUUCUUCCGAAACCAAAAACCCUAGAAAUUAGAACUUAACCAAUUCCCCAUUUUCCCCCAAUUUCUUGUCAAGAAAAAUCAAAAUGGUUUGGUUUCAAUGUGAAGAUUGUGGGGAAAAUCUCAAGAAGCCUAAACUCCCUAAUCACUUUCGCAUGUGCUCUGCAUAUAAGUUAUCUUGCAUAGAUUGUGGGGAAGUGUUCGAUCAACAGCGUGUUCAAUCUCACACUCAAUGCAUAACUGAAGCUGAAAAGUAUGGUCCAAAGGGUCAAGCAAAAGCUGCUAGUGGCACACCUGCAAAACCAAACAAUGAUAAGCCAAAGCCAGAUGUUGAUAUAAAUAUUGGAUUAUCUAAUCGAUAUCCAUGGUUUUGCAGUCUUUGCAACACCAAAGCUACUAGCCAGCAGGCUUUGCUUUUGCAUGCUGAUGGAAAGAAGCACAGAGCUAAAGCCCGAGCAUUUACUGCAAAACAGCAGCCUAAUCCACCUGAGGAAGGGGCUGUAACCAAUAAAGACUCUACAGAAAACACUCCCAAAAUUGAAGUUCCAAAUGACAAAAGUAUUGAGGAUGGCAAAGAGAAUGGUCCUUCAAAUGGGGCUUUAAGAAAUGAUUAUUCUUCAGCUGAAAAUGGGAAUGUUUCUGUGAAAAAGAGAAAAAAAGACACAUCUAUUGACAUGGAAAAAUGUGUAAAUGGAGUAGUUAAUGGUUUUGUUACUCAAGAAGAAGCAGAGGAAGCACCUAAGAAGUCAAAGAAAGGCAGGAAAGAAUCAGAGGUUAAAGGUACAGAAAAGAAGAAAGCCAAAAAUGAAGCAAAGGAAGGUGAGGGAGGCAUCACUGGUACUGGAAAAAAAGGUGCUGAACAAAAAAUUAAGUGGAAGAAGCUGAUAUCUUCCGUGCUUAAAUCUGCUCCAGAUGGAGCUCUGAAGAUGAAGAAACUUCCAAAACUGGUGUUGAAAAGUCUCCCGGAGUCUGGCAUUUUAGUGGACGAUAGUGAAUUUAGAGCUACCCUUGAAGAUAAGGUUAAGUCGAGCUCAAAAUUUAUAGUUGACGGCAAGUAUGUAAGGUUGGCGGUUUAACAGUUGAUGUAAAGUAUUGCAGCAAUAUAUAAUCUAGAGGAUACAGCAGGAAUUCACAAAGCAACCUUAUGUGCAUGCAUGAGAUGAGUAUUCUUUCUUCUGGAAUGGAAGCAUUUCUAAGCAAUUUUGUACUAGAUUUGAAAUUUUGUAUUGAUGAUUACAUUGAACAUUGAAGUAAUUGAAGAUGAAAUUCAGCACUUAUUGUUAAGAUCAUGUUACGGAGUA